CCCAAGAGAGAGAAGAGAGAAGGGGCAUUGUAGCAGCGAUCAGCAGCAGGUAUGGGAUUCUGGAGGAAGUUGGGGUUCGAUUACUUCAAGAUCUUCGUCAUCGCCGGCGUGUACUACUUAGCUCGCGAGAGCUGUUCGGAGCUCUCUUUGACCCUGCGCGUUAUAGUCCUCACUCUCUGUCUCCAAAUCACUGUCAUAUUCUUGGGCCAGUUGGAGAAGGCGGUGCUGCCUAAUCCCAGUGAAUGCACUUGCUCCGAACCAGCUGCUGCUACUACGAAGAACUAAUUACGAGUCGUCCCGAUCAGUAACUUUGUGUCCCGUCUCUUCUAUCGUACGUAGUAUCCAGAAACUAGCUAGUGAUUAGUAUGUAACAGGUAGUCUUCUUUAGUAAGAAGGUCUCUGUUCCGAGGCAUUUUAGUGUGCUUUAUAGUAUUGGUGCUAUAAAACAUUUACAGCCAUUAGAUCAUGUUCAACCUUUAUCAACCAUUAGAUUUUAUUUAAAUUAUUAAUAUAUUAUUUUAUUUGUGUGUGGACAACCGUUGCAACCGGUUGCUUGAAAUUAUUUGGGUUCACACCUCUUCUCACGGCCGAAACCAUUCUUCUCACCUCUUCUCACCGCCGAAACCAUUCUUCCUUCUAUCCUCUUCCUUCGAUCCUCUCCACGCAGCUAGCGAGCAGUGAAGACGGCGAGCAGUGGGUGACGACGAGUGAAGACGGCGAGCAGUGGGUGACGACGAGUAGAAGAAGCUUGACGAUUGCAGCAUCUCUUUGACUGCGGCGAGCCGGAUUCCGACAACGACAGUGAAGGCGGCGAGCAAGGGACGACGAGAGCGAGCAUCUCUUCGUCGAUUGCAAACGUUUGAGCUCGUCGAGAGCCUGCAUCAAGGGGUAAUUGCGACGGCGACGCUGUGAGAAGAAAGAGAUUUGGGGUUUCAAGUUUCCUCUUCCGCGAGUGUGGACUAUGCUCUUCCGCGGUGGGUCUCUUUGACGAUAUUGAAGUGGUUGAGCAUCGGCGACGGGAACGGUGAGAUUGGGUUUCGCGGCGGGUCUCUGCUGAUUGUGCUCUUUCGCGGUGGGUCUCUUUGUCAAUAGUGAAGGGGUUGAUUGGAACAAGAUUCAGAGCUGCUUGAUUGAGGGUAAAGUCUGCUCCAAGUUCAACGAGACUUGCCUUUCCGAUACCGUUGAGCAGUUCUACACCGAGCGAUUGUCCGCUCUUCAGGUAAAAAAAGACGAUUCACUUUCUGGGUUUUGAAAAUUCGUUUGGUGGUUUUUGCUAUUCUUCUUCUCUUUUCUGAACUUUUUGAGCGUGGCUUUUGGAUUUCUGUGGUGGGUUAGGGAUUUUAUUGUUUUUAGUUGGGGAAAAGCGAUGGGCAAACUAUGGAUUUUUUUCCUCGGGAACUUGUGAAUUUGUUAUUGUGCUGAAUUUAGAGAUCCUUGAUGAUAUUGAGCAGCAAUUAGGAUCAAAUAGAUAUUGGAAACUUUGUAGACUCUGAACAAUAGAAUUGCUAGCCAUCUAAAUGUUGGAUCUUGGUCAAUUUUCUGGGGAUUCUAGUUCGAAAGUGCUCCACGGAAAGUUCAUUUAGCUAGUGAAAUCCCAGGUGAAGUGUUGAGUCUUGGAUUCGCGGAUAAUGGAAGAUGAACUAGGAAAAAAGCUAGCCUGAAUUACUUAAUGCCCCAUCCGUAGUACGUAAUGGUUAAUACAGUAGGAAUCCUUUCUUUCUUCUAGGAUGCUUUUGUAAUGCCACAAGGAGCUGCAGUAUUAGCAUCACCUUAAUCGUAACCUGUCUAUGAUUUUUGCUGUUUACGUGAGUUCACUUUCACUUUUUGUAUUAUGUGUAGGGACUUUGAUCUGGUAACUCUUUCAGAUACUACACGUUGGAUUCAGAAUUCAAUUUCUCUUGUGAUAGAGCUGCAAUCUUAGUCUUCAAUUCCAGGCAAGUUACUGAAAUCUUGCCCUUUUAACUUCAGCCGUGAAUUGUUAUUCAAGAUUGUUUGUCUGAUUAGAGAUUCAUCAAGUGAUAGGUUUUGGCGUGAUUCAUCAAGUGAACCUUGGACUUAAUCUCAACCAUGCGUGAUCUCAAAAAAAGUUGCUCCAAUCUGACCUAGCUAGCGAUUGUGUUCCUUCCUUUAUGCAUGCAGUAUUAACUUUUUGAUUGGAGAGACUUGAUUUGUGUUUUAUGGAGGCAAAUCGAAUAGGAAAGUUCAUACUCAAAGUUUGAUUCUUUUCAGUUUGGCUUGAGACAAGUUGGAUUGUUGUUUGCCUUCAAACUGAGUCUGCAGAGAAAAUUUUGGAAGAGUUGAUUUGGUCUUGUUGGUAUUGUAGUGUCGUUACCGUUGCUUGUUGAUUACAUUUUGGACUGUUAAUUGAAGGGUCUUGCUUGGCUGCAUGAAAGGUGCAAUUGAGUGUGUUAGUCAAGAAUUAGUUCAUGAAAUCAGGGUGACUUGAGGAGGAAACGCAAGAGAAAUGAAGCAUUCUCAAUUCUGUGAGGUCUCUAGUCAUUAAGCUAUUGCUCAAAGUUUGUCCUUGUGUUGCUUCUCAUAUUGUUAUAUUUUUUGGAGGGGGUUGCUAAUUCGAAUAUCUUGCGAUGGUUAGUUGUGUGGGAUAUAUUUUGUCAACUGAUCUGGUUGCUUGCUGAUCUCCAAAUCAUUAUGAAGUACAUCGAUAAAGAUUGACCGAUUAG